AUGAAAUCAGAUCUGGAAAAAUUCGGAGGCGAGGAGGAAAGCAAGGAAGAUCUGCAGAAAAAAAAGAGCAUUGAGUCUCGGUGCUCAAUCGCUAGCCUCUCUAUACAACCAUCAUCACCGGCGGAUGAGAUACACAAUUCAGAAGUUUCUGCAGUCGGAACUGCUUCGCCACCUCCGCCCGUGAAGGUUCGUCGGGCAACAGUCAGCACCUGCUUCGGCAAGAAUGUGAGCAAAGCUCCUAAGAUUCAGAGGCUGGUAACUCCCUUGACUUUGCAGAGGAAGAGAGCCAAAAUUUUCAAUAAGAAGAAGAGGAUUGCCAAGGCCAAGGCAGAAGUUGCUGAGUACCAAAAGCUUCUCACUUCUAGUUUGAAAAAACAGAGGGAGAGGCAGAGUGAGAGCUUGGCCAAGAAGAGAUCUAGACUAUUUGCAGCCUUUAAGCCGUCUAUUGCUGCCUGUGGUGGUGCGGUGGUGUCGCGGUGGCAUCGUAGUGAUGAUGCUAGUGUGAAUGGCAUCGUAGUGAUGAUGCUAGUGUGA